UAAGAGAAGUAGAGGAGAGUCCGGCAUGUUGGCCUGUCAUUAACAUAUUAGUUCUUGAGCCAUUCUAGCCAAUGAGAUGAGGCAAGGCAAGCAAUACUCCACAGGGACUGGCUGUGACAAUAGCCCUCCUCCUUCUCUAUAGGCUCUUCCACCCCCUUGCAGUGUAGAAAGCCCCCGGUAAUCCUGAAGGACCCUCAAAACACACUGUGCCAGCAGAAUUUAGUUUUAGGAAGCCUGGGUGGCUGUUGUGUUUGAAUAGUGAGUGUUGUUGGGGUAUCUGAAUAGUGAAGUUGUGCGAUGAUGCUCGUGGCUCAGAGGCCUAUGUGCCUUUAUUUUGACCCGUCUUUGAAGUGUCUCUGGAAUGUGCCGCCUGACGUGGUCUCACUGUGUUGCUCAAACUGAGCUACGCUGAUUUUUUGUGGCACUUGGCUUCGCACAUCUGUGGCCACUUUGGUUUCUGUCAUGCAGAUGUUUGGAAUAUGAAAAUGAUGGAUAUUGUAGCUCAGAAAAUGCCUUCAGAGAAUGACGUGCAUGUGGCGAGAAGCUUUCUUACGAAGAUUUUGCGAAGUUCAAUGAGGUAUGAUCUUGUGGCAUCAUUAGCAUUUGUACUUGUUUCUUUUUUCUGUUGUUCCCUCCCAUCCUCUCUGGCUUACGCCCAUAGUCACAUUAAUCAUUCGUGCCAUGAUAAUAUCUUCAUUCUUCUCGUAGCAGCUUGUCCUGUCUGUGGCUUACCUGCCCCCACUGGAAUGGAAUUUGAUAUCCAUUACAUUGUAGAGCAUGCAUUAGCUAUCAGUCCAUGGCAUGCAUACAUGUUUUGUCUGUACUUAAAAAGAAAUGAAACUGCAUUUAUGUCAGCUGUAUACUGUUUUAAGAUAUGUUUAUCUCCUCACAUGCCUCGCAGAAAGAAUCGUUUUAAAGGAAGGAAUGAACCCAUAAGCAGGCCUCACUCCUGGCACGCAGCCAAGUUCAACGAAAGCCAUUCUGAGACAACCAAAACUCAGUCUCCACCCGCAUCAGUCUGGCACACCAAAUAUGAUGCAAGCUCAUCCUCGACUGAUCUUUCCACUGGCUGGGAACAGACCAACCUGCGCAGAGUGUCUGACCAGUUCAGCUCUCUCGGCAGUAUGGACAGUUUAGAGCAUGCCUCACACCCACACCCCGCUGGUCUGCUGUCCCCGGCAAAGUCCAAUAACAGUAUGGAACACCUCGGAGGAGGGAAACGAGACUCUGCCUACAGUUCCUUUUCCACCAGCUCUGGCACUCCAGAUUAUACCCUUUCAAAGAGUAAUGCUGCCUCAACAGAAAAUGUGCUUUAUAAAGUUAGUCAGUGGGAUACAGGCGGAAAGAACGGCAACGUCAGGAACAGCCAGUGUCUAAUUGAGGGCACCAAACAGGAUGAUAGGCCGGGGCACUUCCACAUGCCAAGAGGAAGUGCACGCUGCAGUAGUCCACCCACAGAGGACCAGGCAGGCUCUCGCCAUUCCACAUCAAGUAGAUCCAGCUUUGGUCCUGUUUGGCAUGUUCCAGAAAAAAAGAAGACUGCGUCCUCAUCUCCUCCACCACCACUUCCACCUGCACGCAGUGAUAGUUUUGCUGCAACCAAAGUACAUGAAAGGGGGUUGAUUGUAGCUCAUGCUGAAGGACCUGAUUUGCAUGUCUCCUGUAAACCCAGUGAUAAAGCAAAAGACAACAGAGUUGAUGAUGCUAAACACAUUACUGAAAGCUGCUGCAUCCACAAUCUAUCACCCAAAAAUAGCAGUGACAAUUUUAACACAUCACCAGAUAAUUUGAAUUGCAACCAGUUCAGCUCAAACAAACAAUACUCUUUUUCCAGCAGUGAUGUUCGACUGGGACAGCCCCCACAUGUUACUCAGCCCCACCAUCAAAAACAACACAGUCACAAAGGCACUGUUCAUUCUCAACCGUGUGCUGCUUCGGGACCAAAGCCACAGAACAUAAGCACCUACUAUUGUAGCAUGCAAGAACUACCUACGAACGGUUCUGCACAAUUUGGUCAUAAAAGAAAUCUAAGUACCUCCCAGUCUACUUCAGCCACUGAGCAAAGCGCUGAGAACAGUGGACAUAACCAGUACUACUGCGGCUCAGCAGGUCAGCCCACUCAACCUCAGUCCUUGUCGGGAAAACUCGAUGACAGGAAAAAUGCCACUGGCUUGGACUUUGUGCAGACUGGAAGUGAACGAAACUCUAGCCAUCAGUCCGUCACCAAAGGGAAGUAUCAGCCCCAACAGCAACAAAACUCCUCCCACAGUAAUGGACACAGCAAGCAGGAUGAAAGUCUUCAUUUUAAACAGCCACUUACAUCGACUCCACCUACCCUACCAGAUCAUUCCACUACUAAAUCCAGUUCUGAUGAGCGAGGAAGUCAAAAAGGCCAAAGCAGUCAAAAUACAGAAACUCAGUACUUCAGUUAUUUACCUAUCAAACAAUCUGAACAGCGACAAUCUCUGCCACCGCAACAUAAAGAAUUACUCCCAGACAUGAGACAUCAGAGCCAGAUAAACAGUAUAACCCCUAUGCUUCACUCUUUGUCGGUGGAUGCUGCAGGCCAAGAGGAGAUCAUGAAACACGCCACCUCUGAAGAUUUCCUUGAAGGCAAGCAGAUAAACCGCACUGAGCGUUUUGCCACCACAUUAAGGAAUGAAAUUCAGAUAAGAAGAGCUAAGCUGCAGAAAAGCAAGAGUGCUGCUACACUCCCAGAUGUAGAGAGUAAAAACGAAGAAGAACAUGGCGUCUGGAAAUCCAGUGAGUGCUCCACCCCAGCGUCUGCGGAUGGUUCUUUCACUCAUACAUACAAGGAUCACCUGAAGGAAGCCCAGGCUAGAGUACUCAAAGCUACCUCUUUCAAGAGGAAAGACCUGGAACCCGUCUUAGUGGAGCACUCAGCAGCUGAGACCAUACCAAACUACCCACCCUUGGUGCUUCGUAAAGAUAUCACCCUUCUGCCAACUGUCUCAGAGUCUGGACUGAGUAAAUCGGGAACUGCCAGUGGUCAAGUAACUCGCGUUGGUGGACGUAAGCGUUUUUCUGCUGAAAAGAAAGUUAAGUCUUUCUCUGAGCCAGACAAAAUUCAUGAAAUGGGAGUGAAAGAUGCUUCUCACAAUGAAACUACCAGCUCUUUUGUAGAGGAGCAGCAGCUCCUGAAAGAAACCGGAAAACUAGAGUUCCCUGAAUGCAUGCCCAUUCAGAGCUAUACUGAAAACUGUGCACAGCCCAAAGGUCAAGGUCUUGCCUCCACUAGUGAAACAGAGAACACACUGAAAGGAAUUAGGAGCAGAGCUAUUCCCCCUCCUGAGCUCACUGAGAAGACAGAAGAUCCUGCACAUCAGCAUUCAGUGUUAGGACAGCAAAGACUCGGCACCUUUGCUGAGUAUGAGGCAAGGUGGAGCAUACCGAAGAAACCUCCAGAAACAAAAGCCUCUGGACGGUACCGGUCAGCCGAUAAUAUCCUGGAUCCACGCGCAGAGGAGAGAGCCAAGUCCACCUGUUUCCAUGAGAGGUCCCGAUCCUCACCUUCAGCUGACUUCUAUGGGCAGAAGGUUCCAGUUCCUGGAAGAAAGUCUGAGGGCGAAUAUUCCCACACAGAGAGAAAACCUGUUGAACAGCACAGUACUGCCACGGGGUUCUCUAACCGAGGACCCAGUGACUGCAAGCUGAAAGAAAAGCCUGCAGAGUUUGAUCGUUACACUGCAAAAACUCCACCGCCCGCCACAGGACCCAACCUCGACUGCAGAGACACAGCUGCCGCAAACAUGGACUCUGUCCCCCCUCAGCCUGAGGACCACGCCGAGCCACUGCCUGGACGGAGGAAGAAGCCCUCUGCACAGGAGAAAUCUCCCCCAGUCAGAUCCUCAGGGAUAAGCAACUCCCACACAUGCUUCACCAGUUCCCAGAGUGAAGUAGUCACCAGCAGUCAUCCUGACUCCACCCACAUCCCCACCCAUUCUCCAACGGGAGAUUCUGAACAGGGCAAAGAGCUUGUGGACAAAGGACAAGAGGCCGUGGCUUCCUACAGAGCAUCAGUCCGGGCCACUAUGGCAGGCCAGAGGUCACCAUCUCCACAGUUUUCUCCUCAGAGGCUCAGCGACAAACCUCCCAUCGCUUUUCCGGAUGAAAACUCCAGCAGGAUUCAAAACAAGAUAGACCAGAAUGCUGCGGUGAAGAAAGUGCCGAUCAGGAUUGUUCACUCCGGAGGAGUCCCGGAGAAGGAGAAUUGUCCAUUUUUGCAGUACAGCGGCUCUCCUGUUAUUGACACUGAGAGGUCUGGUGUGACCAGGAUCAGCAGUCUGGGAGCCACAGGACAGGAAUCGGUCUUCUGUGCGUUCACACGGCAGAAGGAACCAGAUGCUACGCCGGCUCCUCAGAUUGAACACAACCCAGAGACAGAGGUAUACACGAGCCCCGUCACAGACCAUGUCGGCCCCAAAAGCUCUCAGCAGCUCACAGACGAGUUCAGCGGGUACAGGGGUGCCCCAAAAACAAGUCUGUGUGAUGAGGACCAGAAGCGAGACGAGCUGGCCAGAGACAUCAUGGGAAAAGACAAGUCGCUCGCUGAUAUUCUGGACCAAAGCAAGAUGAAGACCACCAUGGACCUGAUGGAGGGCAUCUUUCCCCAGGGGGGACAGCUCUUAGAAGGAGCCCAGCAACGCAAAAAGGUGUCCCCAAAACCACCAGGGUCAUGGUGUGCAGAGGAAAGAGAAAAGGAGGACAGUAUGGCGGCUGCUGUCACCAUGGUGACCAGCUCUGCAUAUUACAGCACAUCGGCUCCGAAGGCUGAGCUCCUGAACAAGAUGAAGGAUAUGCAGGAGCAGGAGGAAGACUCUGAGGAUGAAUUGGACCCUGAUCUGGCCAACAAGAAGCAAGAACUGAUUGAGAGCCUCAGCAAGAAGCUUCAGGUGUUGCGGGAGGCCAGGGAGAGCCUUCAGGAGGACAUCCUGGACAACAACGCUCUGGGAGACGAGGUGGAGGCCCAAGUCCAGCAGGUCUGCAAACCUAACGAGCUGGAUAAGUUCAGGAUGUUUGUCGGAGACCUGGACAAGGUGGUGAGCCUGUUGCUGUCUCUGUCAGGCCGGUUGGCCCGAGUGGAGAACGCUCUCAACAGUCUGGAGGACGACACCACUCCUGAGGAGAGGCGUACACUGAUGGAGAAGAGGAAGCUGUUGAUCCGACAACACGAGGAUGCAAAGGAGCUGAAGGAGAACCUGGACCGUCGGGAACGCCUGGUUUACGACAUCCUUGCCAACUACCUGCAGGAAGACAGCCUUACAGACUAUGAGCACUUUGUCAAGAUGAAGUCAGCACUCAUCAUCGAGCAGCGCAAGCUGGAGGACAAAAUCAAGCUGGGUGAGGAGCAGCUGAAGUGUUUGAUGGACAGUCUGCCAAUAGAGCAGAGGCUGUGCUUCUGAAGGUGCAGGCAAAUCAUCUGGACUGAGGCUCCUGCUACACAUUGCGUUUGAGCGCUAUGCCCAGCAGGGGGCGACAGAGAUGGACCUUUGCAGAGACAACGUGCCUGUCCUGCUUACAGGAGCUGGACUGUCAGAAAACCAAUGGCUUCUCUUACUAACUCGUUUUUGAAAGGUGCUGCUCUUCCUGGCGUCAAUCAGCCACCGUCAUUCUGUUUGUUAUUUUUUAGUAAUUUAUUGUAGUCUUUUGAGUCCGAGCAGGAGGGGGCAGUAUGCCGGCUGGUUUGAGUGGCCCUGCUAUUCGGUGGGUGUUACACACUGACUAGUAUUUAUCACAGCUUUCUGUCCAUAUCAUCAAGUUGUUAAAUCAUGUUUCAUGUAGUCCAUGACAUCUGACCAACUAUUUCAAUAAAGAGUCUGUUUUUUUUGUUGUUGUUGUUUAUGAGUAUGAUUUUUGGCCUUUUUAAGAUUUUUUUUUUUUUUUUUUUCUUCUCCCCUUGCCUGAACAAUAACCACAUGUGAGUGUACAUGUGAGGAAGAAGUGUGUGUUUUUAAAGAGCACUUUUUCUUAUUCAAUGAACAUUUAAGCAGUGCUUCACUUCCAGUGAAGUCCACACGUGAAAACACUGUCCGGUCUCUGACCCGCUUCUGCACGGUGUCUCCUUCACUGCUCCACUGUUUUAUACACAGGCACAAAGAAUGUUUUGCUAGUUUAGAUUCAUGAUACGGCCACGUGUAGUUUUUUGUUUUGUUUAUUUAGAUAAGUGUUUAUAGCGUUUCACUACUUCACUGUACAUUGUAAACUCCGGUGCAGGUAUUGAACGCGUAUUUACUGCAGCUCAGAUUAUAGCAUGAGCUGUGUAAUGCAGUAUUUCAUUUAUUUGUCUGACUUGUUUAAUUUCAACACUAAAGAUUGUUCCAGUUUAUUAUUUUAUUUUUAUUAUUUUGCAGCCCAAAACGGAACGAUCUGGAUUGUGAAACACUGUGAGUGGCCCGAGUUGAAGCCUAAAUUUCACACUGUAGUGUUAAAAUCAGUUUUCCUAAGAGAUAAAACUUGUUGGAGGAUGUUUGUUGUGCACGUUUAAAAGUAUGUUACACAGUUUCAUGCACUGCUACAGUCUGACUCUUAACACUUUAUCGGCUAUACUACUUGAUGUGAAAUAAAGAGUCUGCUGAAACCACG